GGGCUCGGGCUGCUGCUCCUCGGUGCCCGGGCAGGCAGCGCCCCGAGAGAGGACGAGGUGAAUUCGGGGAGCAAACAGCCCCUGCGAGCCCCGGUGCUGUCUCAGCCCGGUUUCUGGGGCCAGGAGCCCCGUGACUGUGCUGGGCCAGGCUGUGGCCGGGACAGGAGCCGGCCCGAGCGGCUCCGGGUGCAGCAGCUCCUGCCCUGAGCGGGCUGAGCCCGAGCCGCUGCUCCUGCUGGCCCUGGGCAAGCGCCAGACUGAGCCGGAGAGCCAGAGCCGGGCGUCAGGACCCUCCCGAUGGGCCACCACGGGCUGUCCCCCGUGUCCCCUUGGCCAGUGCGAAUCCAUCCCUGACCCCCAGCAGCUGGGCACGGGCACGAUGCAAACAUCCGAGAGUUAAUGAGUGCUAAUUGGCGCUAUCCCCGGGGGAUGACGAGCGCCCAGCAGGGCUCACCCAGGCGGGGACAGCUGCCAGCCCCGGGCAGGGCUCGCUCCAGCUCUCCGCAGCCCCGGGGAAAUGCCGCUCCCGUCUCUCUAGGCGGAGCUCAGCCCCUGCUCUUCCCAGCGCCGGGCGGCGCUGCCCGAGCCCUGCCUCGGGCUGGGGGCUUUGCGAGGGCCGAAAAGCCCCUCACGGUGUGAGGAGCAGCCCUGACACCAGCCGGGACCUGGCCCCCCACUUCUGCGGGGCCCGGAGCUGAUGGCAGCGGGAGAGGGCAAAGCCCGAAACGCUUCCCUUUGCGGGGAGAGCAAAGAAACGCAGGACGCGGCUGUGAGACCUCAGAGCGCCCCGAGGCAGGCGGAACGCUGCUGGCGGGGCGGCGAGAGGCGAUCAGUAAAAGCUCUCUGUCCCGCAGAGGUGCUCGGCUCAUCCCCGGUCACCAUCGUGGUCACGUCCGAGGCUGACACGUGGGACAUCGACACCUCCCCGUGCCGGGGCCGCGGGCCCUUCGUGGACUGGGCCAGGAUGCCGGAGCCGCAGGGGCCGGCGCAGAUCCCGCGGGACGUGCUGGGCCGGCCCCCGAAGGAGCUGAAGCGGCUGGCCAGGGAGGGCUGCUGGGCCGGGAGCCACGCGGGCCGGGCCCGGCUCUACCCGCGGCUCAUCCAGCGGGUCUCCUGCCGCCUCGUCACCCCCGACGCGCUCGUGUACCGGGACGUGGCCGGCCGGCUCUUCGGGACCCCCGGCGUGAGCUCGCACCCCCUGCCCGAGUUCCUGGAGGGCUGCCCCGUGCCCACCUACUGCCUCAGCCCGCGCGGGGUCACGGCCCUGAGGAAGAUCCUGGUGUGCGUGGGCGCCCUGUUCCCCGACAUCACGCACAGCCCGCUGCUGCCGGCGCUGGCGGCGCUGCUGCUGCACUACAGCGAGGACGAGGCCCAGUGCUUCGAGAGCCUCUCGCGCCUCAUCGCCAGCAACGCGCCCCACGCCGCCUACAUCGACCAGUCCUUCCUGGCCCACCAGGCCUCCUGCAUGACCUUCGGGGACCUGGCCAGCAAGCACUGCCCGGCGGCGCACAAGCUCAUCGCCGGCGCCGCCGACAACGUCCUCGAGGUCUACUCGGAGUGGCUGUCGUGGCUCUUCCCCGGGCUGCCCUUCGCCUACGCCGCGCGCGUGCUGGACGUGUUCCUGCUGGAGGGCCAGAAGGUGCUGUACCGCAUCGCCCUGGCCCUGCUGAAGCAGUUCAGGCUCUCGGCCGGCCCGGCCGCGCCGCAGGGCUGCGACGUCAAGGCGGAGCUGCAGGCUUUCGCCAGGAACAUCGCCGAGCACGUGACCGUGGACAAGCUCCUGGAGAGAGCCUUUGGCAUCCGCCUCUUCUCCCGCAAGGAGAUCUGGCUGCUCCACAUGGCCAACAGGAAGGCCUUGGUGGAGAGGGGCAUCACCGUGGUGCAGAGAAGGCCGUCCUUCCCCCUGGCCGUGGACAUGCAGAAGUUCAGCUCCAGCACUGUCACGGCGCAGGAGAUGCGCCUCGUCUGGUCCUGGAUCCCCGAGCGCUUCUCGCUCUUCCCCCCGCUGCUGCUCUUCUCCACCUCCGAGGACGGCUGCAGCCUGCAGAGGUUCUACACGUGCUGUGAGGGCUACGAACCCACGGUGCUGCUCAUCAAAACCACCGAGGGGGAGGUGUGUGGGGCCUUCCUCUCCUCCGACUGGGCCGAGAGGAAGAAGAGCGGAGGCACGCCGGCCUUUUUCGGGACGGGGGAGUGCUUUGUGUUCACUGUGCGCCCCGAGGCAGAGAGGUACGAGUGGGUGCUGAUCCGGCAGCCGGAGCUGGCCAAGGCCGCGCCGCGCUGCCGGCAGCGCUCGCCUUCCCCCGCUGCCGAGCCCCCGCUCGGCUCCUCCCCGGGCAGCCGCAGCCCCCAGCGCCUGGCCGUGCCCUCGCCGCCGAGCAGAGCCCGCCUGUCCCCGUUCCUGGCCAUCAGGCACUUCCUGCUGCCCUCCAGAACGGCCUCCAUGUUCAUGUCCGGCUCCCGGGACGGCAUCGUCAUCGGAGGAGGGGGCGGCCAGGCGCUGUCCCUGGACGCCAGCCUGCUGCGGGGACACACGGAGCGCUGCGAGACCUUCGGCAACCCCCCGCUCUGCCGGGAGAACUUCCAGGUGCAGCUCCUGGAGGUGUGGGGCUUCCAGAGCGCCUAGCCGCCCCGGGGACACCCCCUGUGCCCCCCGGCCACGGGCACGGGGACCCCCGGCCGGGCUGCGGCCGCCGGAGCGGCAGCGCCGCUCUGCAGCGUCCCCUCGGGGCAGAGAGGGCACGGCAGAGCGGGGCACAACAGACUGGAUCAGAACAGAUCAGAUGGGAUCAGACUGGAUCAAAGCAGACCGGAUCCGGUGGCAAAGCCCUGCCACAGGCUGUGGGUGCAGUGACAGCUCGGGGGCACCCCACAUUUCGGGUUGAGAUCUUUGCUCUGUCCCCAGCCUAGGGCUGGCGUGGGGCUGGACACGGAGGAGAUUCCCCAAUGGGAUCACCAGGAUGGACCCUUUUAACGUGAAUUUGGAAGGUUUGGUGUCACUGGGCUGGGGUCACCAGGAUGGGCCCCUUUAAUGUGGAAUGGGAACAUUUGGUGUUUCUGUGUCAUCCACGGGAGGGUUGGAGGCCACGGGGAACCCUCUGGCUGCAGCAGGAGAGCCUCUGCCACCCCAAACACACUGUCCCGGGUGGGGUCACCUCCCACCCAUGCCAGCCCUGCAGCACAGCAGGAGCAGAGCUCCCAGGGGCUGGGCACGGGCACACCAGGAAUGGCUCAGGGCCUCCACAGGGUACCCAGGCAUGCCAGGGAUGGCUCACAGGGCUGGGUGCCAAUUAAUAAAAAGUAAACGUUAAUAAAGCGAUGUGGUCAGCA